GUGAAUUAUUGAGGGGCGUCGAUAGAGAAAGACGCAAAGAGAUCAGGGACCAAACUGCAAAUGUAGCUUUCACACACAGCAGUACACACAGUUAGGUGUAGCGAGUCCACUGAUAUAAACUGAUGACAGCAGAAAGAGCACAAAAAAAGGCGAACCCAUUUUUCCAUUUACACUGAAACACAGACACUGUGGAGAGAGAAAGUAAUCAGAAGCGUAGGCUUUGACCGCCAUUGAAAUCGGAGCUUUCAGCAGGAAAAAAAAGAAGGAAAAAAAAGGAGAAUUUUUAGCUGCAGCUGCAAGAAGCCUUCAUUUAUCUCCUUAUUUUCUUCGUAUCCUGCAGACCCAACGAGUUCUUGAAGCAUUUCUACAAUGGUAACUGGCAAAUAGUGCCGGAAUUUCGUUCGGGUUGUUCGAAUUUUCCGGUUGCUCUAGGCGGCGGUUGAGCUGGGUAUUGGCGUCCCUUUUGUACAUUGUAAUUUCUCCGGCGACAUUCAAAAAGAUUUCGAAUUCUAUUUCCGUUCCGAUUUUUUUUUCUUAGGUGUCAUUUCCAAUUCGCAUUGCGAGCAAUUUUGGGCGUUUUUCGAGUUAUCUGAAGUGAGGUUCGAACAUCGGUGCCUUGACUUUUUAUUGGGCAUCACGAAUUGAACGUAGAUUUAGCUGUCUAGAUCCCCAGUUCAUGGAAGGAGGAUUUGAGGUGAGCCCACCACAGUUUGGAUCCGAAAUUUCCGGGCCCGAGCCCGGGCAAAUGGAUCUCCGGAUUGAGGAAAUCCAUAGCAUGAUAUCCGGCCCACUGGAGACGGAAGGCAGCUCGUUCACGGCACUCCUUGAGCUUCCUCCGCCGCAGGCUAUGGAGCUCUUGAUCAAGGAGGACUUUCCGGCGAAGUCCAUGCCCCCUCCGAUUUUUCCUUCCAAUAUUGCCCUCGUUGACCGAGCCUCCCGGCUCUCCACCUACGCUCCGGCUGGUGAUUCCGUAGAGAGUACGAUGAUUUUGUCGGCUUCAAGCUCGAUGAAGCUAGAUUUAGUGAAGCAAGAGCCGCCUGAGUCGUACUCACACCUGAAUUCCUCUUCACCGGCUGUUUCGAAUCAGAGUUUGAAGUCUGGCAAGCGGAAGGAGAGGGAAAAGAAGGUUAAAGAACCAACUAAAAAGAACAAAAAAGCAGUAGCAAAUGAAGCUUCUGAAGCGAGUGGUGAGAAGCUGCCGUAUGUUCAUGUCAGAGCCCGUCGUGGGCAAGCCACUGAUAGCCAUAGCUUAGCUGAGAGGGCCAGGAGAGAGAAGAUCAAUGCCAGGAUGAAGCUAUUGCAGGAACUGGUCCCAGGAUGCAACAAGAUUUCUGGUACUGCAAUGGUGCUGGAUGAGAUCAUAAAUCAUGUACAAGCACUUCAACGACAAGUGGAGUUCUUGUCUAUGAGACUUGCUGCUGUCAACCCAAGAGUUGAUUUCAACCUUGAUGCUCUCCUUGCUGUAGAAAAUGGAUCAUCGAUGGAUAAUAGCUACGCUGGCAUGUUUGAUCCUCCUGUUUGGCCCGAGGGACAAAUCAACACUAACAGAUAUCACCAGCAGUUGCAUGUUGACGGGCUUCAACAGUCUUUAUGGGCUAGAGAAGAAGACACCUCUAACUUUAUUAAUCAAGAUCACUCGCUUUUAAGCUACGACUCCCCAGCAAACUCCGACUCCAGCACUUGGCCACAUUCACCAAAGCAAACUAUGCUUAGAACUAUGUUCAGAUUUUCUUGUCGUCAUCCCAAACAAACAAACACGCCCUUUCUCGAAUCCCAUCCUCUAACAACACAGUCGCUGGACGACCUAAACCAGGCAUUGCAAGAAAUGUCAGCUUGGGGUCUUGACACGAACUUCAAAGACUACGAUGCUGUCCUGAACGAGUGCGUGAACCAAAAAUCUUUGAGAGGCGGCCAAAGGGUGCAGGCUCACAUGAUGAAGACCCAUUUUCUUCCCUCCGUGCACCACAGGACGAGGAUGAUCGUGCUGUAUUUGAAGUGCCAGUUGCUGGGCGAUGCUCGAAUGGUGUUCGACGAAAUGCGUGAAAGAAACGUGGUUUCUUGGACCGCCAUGAUUUCUGGGUACAACAAAAGUGGGUCCCAUUCCGAAGCUCUUGGCCUCUUUGUUCAGAUGCUGAGAUCAGGUACAUCCCCAAACGAGUUCACUUUCGCAACCGUGCUCACCUCCUCUGCGGGCCCCCACGGGCUCGAGCACGGACGGCAAAUCCACUCGCUUAUUGCCAAGAGCCCGUUCGAAUUCCACGUGUACGUAGGCAGCUCGCUUCUCGACUUGUAUGCCAAAUACGGAAAAGCCCGUGAAGCCCGGGCCAUUUUUGACCGUUUGCCCGACCAAGAUGUCGUUUCUUGCACCGCAAUGAUUUCGGGCUACGCUCAGUCGGGCCUCGACUUCGAGGCCCUCGAGCUUUUCCGUGUGUUGCAGAGAGAAGGCAUGGCUUCCAACCAUGUCACAUAUGCAAGCAUUCUAUCUGCACUGUCUGGUCUUGCUGCCUUUGAGUACGGAAGGCAAGUCCACGGCCAAGUCUUCCGGUCAAAACUGCCGUUUUAUACCAUCCUUCAGAAUUCUUUGAUCGAUAUGUAUUCCAAAUGCGGAAACCUUUGCUACGCCAGACGGGUGUUUGAUAAAAUGCCCGAAAGAACCUCAGUUUCGUGGAAUGCCCUGCUGGCGGGUUACGGCAAGCACGGGAUGGGUAAAACCGUCGUCGAACUUUAUAACAAAAUGAGGCAAGAAAAUAAAGUCAAACCUGACGGGACCACUUUUCUGACCGUACUAUCGGGCUGCAGCCAUGGAGGAGGGAUGGAGAAAACGGGCCUCAGAAUUUUUGACGAGAUUGACUCGGCCCAACUUAGUGUCGAGCACUAUGGAUGUCUGGUGGACCUUCUUGGGCGGGCUGGCCAGUUAGAGAAGGCCUUGCGUUUCGUAAAGGAGAUGCCUUUCGAGCCCAAUGCCGCUAUUUGGAGCUCUCUGUUAGGUGCAUGUAAAGCCCACAAGAAUGUAAGCAUCGGGAAAAUCGCGGGCGAUAAGCUUCUUGAAAUGGAGCCGGAAAACUCGGCGAAUUACGUGAUCCUUUGCAACUUAUACGCUUCGGAUGGAAAGUGGAACGAAGUUAGAAAAACGAGGGAGCUGAUGAAAAGGAAUGCCGUUGUGAAAGAGCCCGGAAAGAGUUGGAUUGAAUUGGGGCGCACGAUUCAUACGUUCUUUGCUGGCGACAGGUCUCAUUCGAGGAGAGAGGAGAUUUUCGAAAAGGUGAGAGAAUUGUCGGAGAGGAUAAAGGGGGUCGGAUACUGUCCCGAUUUGGGUUCGGUUUUGUAUGAUGUCGAUGAGGAGCAGAAGGAGAGGAUGUUGUUGGGGCAUAGUGAGAAAUUGGCUUUGGCUUUUGGGAUGAUGAGUGUUUGUGAAGGGAAGGCUAUAAGGAUCAUGAAGAACCUUAGGAUUUGUGUGGAUUGUCAUAACUUUGCCAAGUUUGUGUCUCUGGUUUAUGGGAGGGAGGUGUUGAUUAGGGACAAGAGUAGGUUUCAUCACAUUGUGGAUGGGGUGUGCUUGUGUGGAGACUAUUGGUAAGUUUCUUCUCUGACAAUGAACAGUUAGUUUUACAAGUGUAUA